AUGUCUCUGGAACGUCAAGUCCGCGCCAAGCUCGCUUCCAAGCGCAGCCCUGAACGAGAGAAAGAGGCCCAGGAGUGGAUUGAAGGUGUCUUAGGUGCCAAAUUCCCCCCUGGUGAAUUGUUCGAAGAUGUCCUUAAGGACGGAACAGUCCUCUGUCAGCUUAUCAACAAACUGAAACCUGGCUCAGUAGCCAAGAUCAACAGUUCUGGUGGGCAGUUCAAAAUGAUGGAGAACAUUACCAACUUCCAAGCGGCCAUAAAAGCUUACGGUGUCCCAGACAUCGAUGUAUUCCAAACUGUGGACCUAUGGGAAAAGAAAGACAUCGCCCAAGUUGUGAGCACAUUGUUUGCUCUCGGGCGUGAAACCUACAGACACCCCGAGUGGAAUGGCCCUUACCUGGGCCCCAAGCCCUCUGAAGAAUGCAAACGCGAUUUCUCAGAGGAAGUUCUGAAGGCCGGACAGACUGUGAUCGGUCUUCAAGCCGGAUCCAACAAAGGCGCCUCCCAAUCUGGCCAGAACCUCGGCGCUGGUCGCAAGAUCUUGCUCGGCAAG